AGUCCUUAAUAAUACUCCAAAUUCCAAAAGUACCGAGUCACCGACGGAACACAGCAAGUAGAAUAAAGGAACCGGGUUCAUCUGCCGGUCCAACCAUCUGAUUAAAAAGACUUGACCGGUCCAAUUUUUGUCCAGAAUCCAGUGAGGCAAGCAACAAUGGAGUCAAGUUGGGGUAAGGUAUUACUUUACCUAACUCUAAUUACCAAUUUGACCCUACAAGGUGUAAGAGGUUGGACUGGAGAGAUUCAUGGAAGAGUUGUUUGUGAUGUUUGUGCUGAUUCCUCUGUUGGUCCGGAAGACCAUGUUCUACAAGGUGCAGAGGUUGCAGUUCUUUGCAUUACGAAGACUGGGGAAGUUCUGAAUUACCAGGCAUUCACAGACUCCAAGGGGAUAUAUAGAGUGGCUGAGACAAUGCCAGCGAGUGAUCGUUGGGAUGCAUGCCUAGCAAGACCUAUCAGCAGCUUCCACGAGCACUGUACACGUCGGGGAGAUAGCAACUCCGGGGUGAAGUUCAGCUACAAUCAUCCUUCAGGAUAUUCACACACAGUCAGACCAUUUGUAUAUCGUCCCACCAACGUUCCAACUUACUGCAUCUAAUAAAUAUAUAUAAUGUAUCAUAUGGUACAAGCUAUGUAAGAAAGCUUGUUUCUCUUAUUGUAUGUAUCCUUGGUUGCCUUGAUUUUAUUGAAAAUCCAAUAGCAAUCUGGAUAUAUCUGGUAACACUUGUCUGUUCAAUUUACUCAGAUAAAUUGAUGAUUAGAUUAGUGUA